AUGUCGAAGAGCUGCUCUGGCAUGCUCGCCGAGUUCCUCGAUUGCGUCGAGUCGUCGGCGUGCGUCAAAAAGCACGGACACACGCUGAAGCAGUGCGCGUCGCCGACGUGGACAGAGCACGCGCCGAGCGAGUGCGAGGUGAAGCGUUCGAAUUACUUUGCCUGUCGAAAGGGACAACUCGACAUGCGCGCGCGAUUGCGCGGGAAUAAGGGAUAUUGA